AUGACUAACGGGUUUUUGAAUGAGCCAAUGACUGCUUCCACUUCUGAUGAUGCUAGUGAACAAAAACAAAAAGAAGAAUACUUCAAAGAGCAAGAUGCUUACAUAAAAGGAAAAUUCGCUUUCGUACAGAAUGGAUCACAUCCAUGUUUAAGUCAAGGUAAAAAGACAAAUCUUUGCACAAAAGGCGAGAUAUGUCUGUUUACUGGUUUCCCGAAUGAUACAUGUAUCUAUUACAUAAUUGGCAGAUGUACGCAAGAAAAGUGUCACCAAGUACAUUAUGAAGAGUUUGCUGGCAGAUACACAAAGUAUAAGCAAGAAUUUCAAAAUAUACAGAGACAAAAGUUUCAACAAAAGUGUGAGCUUGAAAGAGAACAACACCGUCAAAAAAAUGAAGCGAAUAUAGAUAUCGAUCAACAAUGGUUAGAUGAAAACACACGAAUUUGCCCAAAAUGUAUAUUACCGGUUGAGAAAGGUCAAGGUUGUCCAGACAUGUAUUGUAGAAAAUGCCAGGUCCACUUUGACUGGGGACAAAUGGAAACAGCAACUGGUGGUAAAAACCAAAACAAAUUAGAACAAGCCAAGCGCAAUACUCGAAAGUUUAUAUCAAGAGAGCUGCCUAAAGAUUCAUUACAACUAUUCGUCGUUCUUGAGGGUGGCAAAUCCGAGCUUUUUAAUAUUCAACUCGAGUCAACAGUAGAGGAGUUAAUGAAACAACUGCAAGUUAGAACUGGAAUUCCAAUCGAAUUUAUACGCUUGCAGUAUGCUUCAAAACAAUUGAAAAAAGAUUUAAAGAUAAGAGAUUAUGGCUUCUUUAAUAAUUCAACAAUAUUUCUGGUCCAACGGCUGCCAGGUGGAUUUUGA